AUGAAUUGGCAAGAGCUUGUCUCACACAGAAGAUUGAAUGCUACUGACAGCACCAGGAGACAGGGAAGCCAUGCAUUUUGGGAAACCACGAGGCCACAUUUCAAUACUCAGAAAGUCAAAACCAGCCAGACCUCCCGAUCCACAUGUAGAAGUUUGGGCACUCUGCGUGCAAGCCCGGCAGAGUCGCUUCCCCUUCUCCAGAAACCAAAGGAAGGAGAGCAUCACCUACUUCGGGCAGUCUCUGCUGGUGGCUGCAGGACCCCUGUCACUGAGGGCUUUUCUUCAUUAUCCCCCAGAGAGAUAUUACAAAGCGACCUUUCUAAAUGUCUGGGGUUAGAGACCAGAAGAGGUUGCCUUACAAAUCCAAAGGAGGCAUGGACAGAGAAAACUCUUGAGGCAACAGCACCAUUAGGGACCCAGGGAAAAGACAGAACAACAGCAUUCCUUAAUCAGGCAAAUGAUCAAGGGGACACACCUCAAAGUCCUCAAGUUCAGCUCCAUAAGGACCUGUGGAAGGACGUGGUCAUGAGAUAUAGCAUUGCAUCACCAAGGAAAGGCCUACACAUGGUGUCACACUGCCCCAAACCUGAAGGCAGUCUUGAAGGGCAUGUCCUGGAGGGAAGAAAGAUCCACCUGAAAUCAAGGCCACCAGUGCAGGAAACCCACAUGUGUAGUUUGGAGGGAAGCCAGGAGGAAGAAACACAGACACCAAAGAAGGAGAAAGCCGAGAAGAGAGCUAAGUCCAAGGAAAGGGAGGCCCAGUCCCAGUUUUCAAAAGAAAAGUCACUCCUUCAGAAAAAACUGUGGGAGCUGAGCCCAGUCCCCGUGAGCAGAAAGAGUCUGCAGAACAAGAAAAGAACCCAGACCUUGGAGCUGUCGCCCCAAAACCAUCAUCAUCAUCCGAAGUCAGGCACCAGAGCACGCAGACAGAAUCUACAGCAACUGGCUCAGGAUGGCCACAUCAUAAAGCUCACAAAAGAACAGUCAAAAACGGAGAAAAGCAAGUCGAGAAUGAAAUGGUGGGAUCCCACAGUCUGGGGUGCUCCAGUCACACUGGCCAAGCGUGAACAAUUCCCUCGAAAGAAUUCAAAAUUCAACAGUGAUCAGAGGAAGCUGAGCUUUCCCAUGGGCAGAUCGAGUUAUACAGAUCAAAUUCCCACAGGCAGAGCAACUGAUUAAAAUCCUGUUUAUCUGCCAGAUCAACUUAUUAAGACCUUGUUUUUCUGCCUUGAGAACAUUAAAGGUCUCCACUAAGGCCCCGGGGCUGUGGUUUCUGGCCAGGGCAAUAGCCUGCUCAAAUCCAAAGGCCUCCUAGACAACCCUGACAGGGCACCCUCCCUAUAGCUCUCCUCUUCUGGCUGGCCCUCCUGAGACUAUGUCUAUCAUCCCUCUAGGGAUUUCCUGGGACAUCACACUUGUGAGUCUUCCCUGAUCCUGGCUUGUAACCAUUGGCCUCAGGUGAUUCCCUAGAGAACACCCCAUUCCUGAAGUUCCCUCAAAAAACUCUGAAAGUUUGUCAACUGCCUGCUGGGCACCCUUGUCUGUAACCAUAGGUCCCAAGCUAGAACAUCCUUUUUAGGGUGUAUCUCUCUCCUCAAAGUUACUCCAGGAGGUUAUUCUGUGUGUGUGUGUGUGUGGGGGUGUCCCUUAGCUGCUGCCCUUGAGUCCUGUUACUGGUACCAGCCCAGCUCUAGAUCCCUUGACGUUGCCCCAUUUCUGAGGCUUGCCUAGCAGACCCUUUUAGAAGUUGUAGCCUUCAGGUCUUGGGGAAAUCCUUUGGUCCAGUGUAGAAAUCCUUUGAGGGAAAGAAUGCCCACUCAGAAGUUGGACCUCGAGACCUUUGCCAACAUUUUAAGAUCUCGUUCCUGUGGAGGAUGCCCUUGUAGGAAUCAUGAUCUUUGACCCUCUGUCUCUACAACACACUGGCCCCGUGGAUCUUCCGGAUGUACUGUGAAGGGCUGGGUUGAGUUUCAUUCUUAGGCCCCGAUGAGAGCGAUUGUUUUGUUCCAGACCUUCGACUCUCAACAAAGCUGGCACCUGUUCUUGCUUUUCUCGUUCCUUCUGGACUCAGAUUCCAGGUUGUGGACUGUGGUGAAUCUGGCAGCAAAGGUUGCAGCACAGCCUGGGUAGAGCAGGGCGCCAAAGAGGGAAAAUUCUCACUUGUUUUAAACUGUUCAUGGAGUCUCCGUGAACAGACUAGAGCGUCAGGCCUGCGUGGCAAUUCUGAGGCCUUAGGACUUUGGACAGACAGUGUGGUGCUGGUGAGAUUCCACGCCAAGGGUUCUGGCUGCCGAGGCUCGUAUUGGAGGAGGUCAGUGCCUUGGUGCCACCCAGGGGCAUGAAGUGGAUGGACACAUGGAGCCACCGCAGUGGGCAGUGUCCUGAGUCACCCCAAGCUGAUGAACUUCCUUGAAAUGAUGGAGCAUUUAUGAAACCCAGCCAGGGGUAAUAGAUUGGACACACUGAUUCCAUAGCAAAACCCGGAUGUGGUGGCUCAGUUUUCUGUAUGGACCUAGUACUUGACUAGAGGACUUUUUAUGAAAUCUGCUUAUAUCCCAGUCCUGAAAUUUGUAGUCAAAAAUUUAAAAUCAGAUAUAUCAAAAUAAUUUUCAGAAUUUUUAAUAAAUCAUUUUGAGUGUUAGUAUUUAACAGUUUUGUCCUAGUGUCAAUUCCUUAGUGUUUAAAGGAUAAUUAUUUUUCUGUUAAUUCUUUUAAAAAUUUUUUUCUUUUGAUUCUUCUGUUAAUUCUUUUUCCAUGAUAAGGCUCUAUGUAGCUUAGCCUGGCCUUGAACAGGUUGUGUGUCUAUGUAGCUGUGGGUUAUCCUGACCCCUGACCCUCCUGCCUCCACCUAGUAAGAGCUGAGACCCUGAGGUAAGCCACCUUGGCCACUUUCUCUGUGGUUCAGGGGAUGGGACCCACGCACACCUAUACCCCUCCCACCAAGCCGCAGGCCCAGCCUCUGGUUGGGUAAUUCUUGGCUUUCUGCAUUUUCACAGUCACUAGGGGAAGAGCCUAGUUCCUGGCUCCCUCGAUCAGCCAGGAGACUGGGCUGACCGAGAACUCAGAGAUCCUGCAGAUCUGCCUCUGCCUCCCAAGUGCUGGGAUUAGAGGUUUAUGCCACCUUUGCUUGGCCUGAGGUUGGUCACUUUUGAGCACGUCCUGAAGAUAGCCUAUGUAUGAAGAUAGCUCCCUGGGUACAAUCAAAGAGGUGACCAUUAGGAAUACAUACACACACAUACAUACACACAUAUACACACAUACAUACAUACACACAUAUACACACAUACAUACAUACACACAUACACAUACACAUACAUACAUACACAUACACACAUAUACACACAUACAUACAUACACACAUACACAUACACAUACAUACAUACACAUACACACAUAUACACACAUACAUACAUACUUACACACAUACAUACACACAUACAUACAUACUUACACACAUACAUACACACAUACAUACACACAUACACAUACAUACAUACAUAUAUACACAUACAUACACACAUAUACACACAUACAUACAUACACACAUAUACACACAUACAUACAUACACACAUACACAUACACAUACAUACAUAUACACACACACAUAUACACACAUACAUACAUACUUACACACAUACAUACACACAUACAUACAUACUUACACACACAUACAUACACACAUACAUACACACAUACAUACAUACACACAUACAUACACACAUACAUACACACAUACACAUACAUACAUACAUAUAUACACAUACACAUACACACAUACAUACAUACAUACAUACAUACAUACAUACAUGAAGGAAGGAAGAAAAAGAAAGGAAAUGAAUGAAAGGAAAGAAUGGCCAUACUCACAGUAUGACAGGAGUCUUACUCCCUUUGUCUAGCUAACUCCUGUCUAACACUCCUCUCUCAAAAGAAUUCCUACAGGAUGGGGGUGAUGCCCCAUCCAACUGCUUCCUGCUGGUUGGGGAUAGUGGAAAAGGCUGGCAGUUGAGAAUACCCUCUGGAGCACUGACCUCGAGGCUCAUGGCAGAAACUGGGAGGAAUUUCUCUAUCUGCCAAGCCUUCUGCAAUAGACAAUGGUAGCUGUCAGGCUGAGCACAAACCCAUAUUCACCAGCAGGUCUCAGAAGGACAGACCCAGCAGGUCUCAGAAGGACAGACCCAGCAGGUCUCAGAAGGACAGACCCAGCAGGUCUCAGAAGGACAGACCCAGUUAGUUUAGGGAUCAGUUGAGCUAUCCCCUUUUUCCUGGUUGAGAAGUCAACUAUGAAGUUAUUGCCCUGAUUUUAAAUAAUUAUGGAAUAAGGGAGAAGUCUUAUUAGAAGGAGCUGGGAGGUCAUAUCAGAGCAACUGUUCUAGAAAAUCCACAAGAUAAACCACAAGUAAUAUCUCCAGUGAAGACAUCUCCUUAGUCCUGCUUGAGGUAGGCAUCCACACUAAGGAGCUGGAGGAGCAAAUGAUCCCAGAAGAGGCAGGGUGAGACAAUAAAGACUUGUCAAUAUACUUGGGGCUGGAGAGAUGGCUCAGUGGUUAAGAAUAUUUGUUCUUAUAGACUUGGGGUUGAUUCCGGGGACCUACAUGGUAGCUCACAAGUGUUCAUAGUUCCAGUUCCAGGGGAUCUGAUAUCCUCAUUGGAACCAGGCAUGCACUUGGUGCACACACAUACAUGCAGACAUAAAGGUCAUUUCAUGACGUUUCCUUCCUGUGGGGAACUAACUCAUGUCUUCUUUGUGGUUCUGGUGGUGUUCAAAUCCAGUUCUGGGAAACUUCCAGAGAAGAAAACAUUGCUCUCGUGGAGACCCUGACACACUUGAUUUGUAAGGAAGCCUUUGCCUGUCUUAUCAUGCAAACUGCCAUUUCUAGAUUCCAGGAUGCAUUAUUUAAAAAAAAUUGUGGCAAAGGGAAGCAGGAACUGAAGUAUGAAUUUUUUUUUCUUUUCUUUUUUUCGGAGCUGGGGACCGAACCCAGGGCCUUGCGCUUGCUAGGCAAGCGCUCUACCACUGAGCUAAAUCCCCAACCCCUAGUAUGAAUAUUUUUAAUAAAUCCUGGUGCGGGGUUACUUAUCCACCUCAGUGGUCUAUGUUUCCCGGUGAAAGACACACACACAGCCUUUAUAUUUAAUAUGCCUUAAAGAGCCCGGUAGCACCCUCCGUGCUCUUAGAAUCCACUUUCUACCCUUAGCCAUAACUGCUUACUGUGUCUGCGGUCCAUCUUGGCUGCUCUUGACCCAGCUGAGCAGCCCUCUGGGUCAAGUUCUCUUGGUCCCUUUGCAUGGUUCUCUCCCUCGUGCAGACGCUUCUUCCAUGGCCACUCUUCUAUGUCCACUCCUGCAUGCUCUUUUCAGUCACGAAGGCUCUUCCCUUCCUGUCGUCCUCCUCAAGGUCCCAAGCCCAGGAAAUCUAAAACCCUUCUCUCCCUUCUCCCCAGCCAUUGGCUGCUGGCAUCUUUAUUUACCAAUCAGAAUUAACUAGGCGCAGGUUCCCAGAAGCUAAAUGCAGACCCCUCUCGUGCAAACAGUUUUGGGGGACCCAAAUCAGCAUUAGAAUAUAAGCAGGUACAGGAGAUCACAAGCUGUUUCUAGGUCUACUCACGACCUACUUUAAAAGGGACAAGGGAAAAAAUUUUUUUGACUGGGUUUCUCUUUGUGGCCCUGGCUGUCCUGGAACUUGCUCUGUCGACCUGGCUGGCCUUAAACUUAUAGAGAUCCACCUGCCACGCCUCUCAAGUUCUGGGAUUACAGGUGUGCAUCACCACUUCCCAGCUAGAACAACUGAAUUUAAAUCAAGUCACAGAUGUUAAAUCAAAACAGAGGAUGGAGGAUAGAAAAUGUGAACCUAACUUUUAGAAAUACUUUUUGUCCUUUAAGAAAUAUUAGUAUUCCCAUGACAGGUGUGAUGGUGCACACUUUAAUCCCAGCAUCUGGAGGCAGAAGGAGGCAGAUGUCUGUGAGCUCAAGGGCAACUCUGGACUCCAUUCUGAGACCCUGUCUCAACAAAUGAAAAUGGUAUUUGCUUUUAGUACGGAUUCCCAUCUAUUUUAUAUUAAUGUUUAGGAAUACUGAACCCCGAGAGGAUAUACACAGUUUCCUACAUGGAAGACAGAAUGGACUAGAGUCAAGGAAUGAAAGCUUUAAUAGCAUGCCACAUGUCAGUGUACAUAGCAUUUCAUGACAUCUGCCAUAGGAACGUUUUCUGUUUAUAAACAUAAACUGUGAGUAUAAUGAUCAAGGACCCUAAAGCUAACGCUGCUCUCCAGGUUUCGGCAGGUAACAUUUACAACAUAUACACAAUCAUUAUGACAUAUACCAAAUUUUAGGCAGUUAGACCAGGAGACAGCCAUUAGCAGAUGUGGAGGCUACUGAGGACGGACCCUAUCUCCAAUUUGCUUGGCAGCAAACAGGGAAAUGAAUUGUGUGGUGGAGUAUGCCCUUAAUCUCAGCAUGGGGAAGACAGAGGCAGGAGGAUCGCUGUAAACUCAAGUCUGGUCUACAGAGCUCCAGGACAGAGAGAAAGACUGAAAAUACCAUGGUGAGUAGCUCAGCAAUCUGGCCCCAAAUGGGAUGUCACAUUCUAAUUUGCCUUUAAUUGGAUAACAUCACCUACUGUCUUCUCUGUUUAUAGAUCUUAGCAGUUUCCCCUUGCUACCCCCUCUCCUUUAAGUUGUGUAUGGAUGUGUGAUGUAUGUGAAUGUUUGCAUGUUUGUGUAUCUCUGCACAAUGUGCAUACUUAUUGCCCAUAGAGACCAGUAGAGGGCAUUGGAUCCCCUGGAACUGGAACUGGAGUUAUAACAGUUGUGGGCUGCCACAUGGGUCCUGGGAAUCAAAACUGGGUCCUCUACAACAGCCAGUGCUACACACACACACACACACACACACCCUUUGGCCCUUUUGAGACAGAGUCUCUCUACAUAGCUCCAGCUGUCCUGGAAUUCACUGAACACAGAGCAGACUGGCUUUGAACUCAAGAGAUCCACCUGUCUCUAAAAGUGUGUGCCACCUCACUGGGCCAGACAGUGUUCUUACUUGCCGAGUCAUUUCUCCAGCCCUUUUCCUCUUCUCUGAUAACUCAAAAUGUCUAAUGUUUGGUACCACACCCACUUGAUCCCUUCUUUGGAUAGCAGCCAAAAUCCUAAACAUGUCUGCUGACUCAGCAUUCUUGCUCUCUGUGAAGGGUACCUCCCGCCCCAUACGGAAUCCCUAUAGUUCCAUCACUUCUCCUGACUCCAUGACUAGAACCUGACUCAAAAGGCAUGCCCUUUUCCUCUCCUUUCUGGCAGGUGCCAAGACUCCCAGCAGCUUGCCUACCACAUCAUUUUUCUCUCAAACUAUAGCAAAAUGGCCCUUAAUUUUUUCUGAGUCCGUCUUAUAAUUCUUUUAACAAGGAGACUAGCAACCCAGAAACACCCAAUUUUUGUUCUUUUCCUUUUUGAGACAGUUUCUCUGUGUAGGCCUGGCUGUCCUGGAACUUGCUGUAUAAACCAUGCUGACCUCAAACUCAUAGAGGUCUCUCUGCCUCUCUCUCUGCCUCUCUGCCUCUCUGCCUCUCUCUCUGCCUCUCUCUCUGCCUCUCUGCCUCUCUCUCUGCCUCUCUGCCUCUCUCUGCCUCUCUCUCUGCCUCUCUGCCUCUCUCUCUGCCUCUCUGCCUCUGCCUCUCUGCCUCUCUCUCUGCCUCUCUGCCUCUCUCUCUGCCUCUCUGCCUCUCUCUGCCUCUGCCUCUGCCUCCUGAGUGUUGGAAUUAAAGGCAUGUGCUACCAUUGCCACUGGCUGGUUACCCAAAUAUUUUAUAGUUAAUACAAAUGACAUUAUUAGCAAGUAUCUGAAUAGGAACAUUAUCCCAUUUCAACACUGACAAAAUGUAUGUUUAUUUCAUGUGGGCCAAAGUUGGGAAACCAUGCAAAGGGAUCCUUGCAUAAAGGCCCCCCUACAGUUCAACUUGGAAAUUUAUAUUUCAACUUCUCCUAGCUUAAGUAAGCUUAGGGAAAAAAGGUUGCUUUUUAGAGUUUCUGACUCUUUGCUAAAUAUCUUUAACAGUUUAAGUACUUUCAUAUUAUAGGUGACCCUGUCAAUCCCACAGGAUUUGUGUUCUCAGCCUUAGUUUCUAGGAUUAACACUUGACAGCACCAGAAUCAGUCCACUCACAAGGGGACUGCUCAAAAACAAUACUUGGGUUAGUUGACAUUUUAGAUAGGCAUGCUUGAAGUAAAGUCCUAUAAAACUGGUCUUCAUUUUUAUAUCAGAGUCAAACACUCUAAAAUCACCCAUCUUAGCUUACCGCUUUUUCAGAGAGAAAAAUACAGAGAUGGCCGCUCCAGUUUGUUAACAGUUCAACAAUGUCUCUCAAAGAGCUCCGUUUAUGCGUACGCACACUUACACACAUAGACCUUUUAAACAGGCACACCGAGAAGGAGAAUUUUGGUGCACAGACCAAGAAAAAUUCAAAAGUCAAGUGAGCUGGGUUCAGUAGUUAUUUUAAGAACUUCAGGGAAGAUUGUUUCUGCCUCAUGUCGCUUUAGAAAGGAUCAUGAGGGGCUGGAGAGAUGGCUCAGCGGUUAAGAGCACCGACUGCUCUUCCAGAGGUCCUGAGUUCAAAUCCCAGCAACCACAUGGUGGCUCAUAACCAUCUGUAAAAGAGAUCCGAUGUCCUCUUCUGGUGUGUCAGAAGACAGCUACAGUGUACUCAUAUACAAAAUAAAUAAAUAAAUCUUAAAAAAAAAAAAAAAGAAAGAAAGGAUCAUGAGUUAACCGAAGGCUGGUCAGCUAGAAUUCUCCCUCGGGGGCACCAAGAGAAUAAAUAGUCUUAAUAUUUUUCAUGAUUACAUAACUGCAACAGAAUGCCCUUGCAACUCUUGCUUAUCUGUUUCAAAUGAGUUAAGGGGGGGCGGGGGUGCAAUGGGUUGCUUUGGGAAAGGGGUGGCCACAAAAUUACCUUUGAGGAAUGAGCUUUAUCAGGAGAAAGGGUCUCCAUCACAAAGAAGCAGUAUGGUAUAUCAGGUGGUCCUUAAAGGGAAGGGGAAGCUGCUGUUUAAAACUUGAGAGGAGCACUAUUAAAAGAUGGCUUAGAAUCAGAGUUACCAUGGACAGAAUGAUGGUGGGCUGCAGAGGAAAGCUCUCAAAAAUCCCCCCGAACAAAGAGAAUGGGUGCUGGUGAGUUCCACCCCGUGUGACUCAGUCUGGGUCAGCCUACCUGACUAUUUAGUCUGGGAUAGCUUCCUUUAGUACGGAAGAGACAGUACAAGGUAGGACCGUGACUUAGGGGCUCAGCACAGCAUGGCUUCUUAACACGCAGUCCAGAGAGAGCUGAAGGGAACGUGGCCUGAGUUUUUUAAGUCUGUGGGGUUGGGCCACUUUGAGUGACUGGUGGCUUGCACAGGGGCCCAUGAUCCAACAUAAAGACUUGGAGAACAAUACUCUGAGCAGACCCACCAAAGCCUUCUCCGUCUGAGGCCCAUUACACGCCAGUCCAAACAUAACUCCAUAAAACAAAUAGCUCAGGAGAACCAGGAAAGACAAAGCCAGUCACAAAAGUGGCUUUAAAAGAACCGAAGUGCUCAAAAGAGCCUGAACCUAAAGGAAAGCCAAACCUGACUGAUGGUGCUUGGGGGAAGACAUGGUAAUGGUCAAGCUUUCUAAGAAAAAUCCAAAAUGAAGCCCAAGUGCUAGUUUUGUACCGCUUCACCUACUAGAGCAGAUGGUGCCGGAUAAAAAGCAGGGGGCUGCAAAAAGAAAAACCUCCCUGGAAUAAAGCAAUUCUAGAAGCUGUUUGGGACAGUUCAACCUUUUGUCCUUUAGGCAGAGUCAGCUUGCUGCCAAUGACUGCCGCUCAAAUUGUGUAUUUUCUCCAGGGUCUUGACAACGGUUACUGGAGUUAUUAGAGAAAGCUGCCUGGGUCCUGGCAGCUGUGUUCAGUCAGGCUCAGCCCAUCCAUCCUCCAGCUCCCCAGAAGACUCCAUCUCCUAUCUAGCCUCUACUUGCCACAGCUUCCUCUCAUCUACCUUUGCCCGUGCCUUCCACAUGCAGCUGUUGUUCAUGGCUACUGCCAUGCCUGUCAAGAGGCACACACAGGUGCCAAAGACCCAGUCACGGCCAUCUUUCCUGUCACGGCCACCAAAGACCCAGUCAUGGCCAUCUUUCCUGUCACGGCCACUGCAUUACAAACAGGCAGGGUGGUUAAAGCUGGGACUGUGCAGGGAGGUCAUUAGUUCCCAGACCAGGGCAAUGGUGCAGUGUGGAUGCCAGAGGCUGGGGAAACUUUGAUAAUGACUGGUGUGUUAGGAGCAUAACAGUGGGGAGGAGAACUGCUGAGCUCCUGAGAACUCAGGAGAGCACAGGAGAGCCCUUGAGAGGGGAAAGCCCUGGUCCUCAGGAGAGCAAGAGGAGGAAAUAAGUUUUCAAGCACUGGGCUCCCACACCUGCCACGCAGAAGACGGGGAUGGGGUGGGCAAGUCUCUGGGAUAGCCACUGCAGGAUCAUUUGCUUCCCAACGGGGUCAACGGCUGCUCAUGCUGCUCCAGCCAAGAGCAGGUGUCUGGGUGAUCUAUAGGUCAGCCAGGCAGGGCUCACUCACUAAUCUUUAUUAGCAGAAGUGGGGGAAAGCAGGACACGUUCCACACUUGCAGGCUCUGAGUGCCAGGUCCAUGCCUGCUCCCAUUUGUCACCAGAGGUUCUACAGAGUGGCUCCUCAAAGCCACCAUGUAUGGUCCCACACCCCUGCCACCCAACGAAAGACUGUGGUAGUGACGACAACUAAAACGACCUUAAAUUUAAGGAUCAUGACCUUGCUUAGCAAAGCAAACAAGAAAAAUAGAGAACCACCCAAAUCCACAAUACCACGUAAAUACAGGAACAAGAGAUAGUUGCAGAAGUCCCGACCACGUCCCUGCUACAAAACCCAGCCAAAAAUAAAAACAAAUGGGACUAAGGAAAGAGCCAGGAGGUGGUGUGGAGAGACAGCUCAGGGGACGUAGUGACAUAGUACAACCUCGAGGGCCACAAGUAAUAUUUAGAUCACCCAACUGUGGUGACCAUAAAAGAAACACUGCAGAGCUUGUGGUAGGAAGUACUACGGCCGUCACACACAAGGUAGAAGUUUACCUAUUAGCCCAGGAGGGGAGGUACAGCCCCAGUGGUUGAAAAAAAGGGUCGGGGAGCCCGGCCCAAGGCCAUGGGAGAGAAUAACCCAAGUCGGCUGAAGAGAAGUCCUGGGUUUUGGAGAUCUUGGCUAAAUAGCACCACAAAGAGCUAUUUAUUAGUUCAUGGCUACCACAGGGAGAAAGUUGCAAGAAACGUGUUAGUAAAGGAGAAGUCUCUGGGGCAGCAUGGGUGAGAUCCCGGUCUGGGGCAGGCCCAUAAUGCUGACAGAGUGGGAGGGUACUGCUGGUCAGCUAGGCUUGAACGAAAGAGUGCCCCACAGAUGCCAAGUGAAUGAUUCCAGCAAGAAGACGAAAUGAGAGUCGGCACGAACUUCCCAAGCUCUGUGCAUGUGGUGAGGCUGGCUUGGGACCAGAGAGAUGAGAAUAUGCCAAGUUCAUGGAGGAGAUGGUGAAGGUCGCACCAGCAUCUGAGGAAGAGGUAGACUUACCCUGUAAGGCAAGGAAUCAUGAAACUUGUUCCCAGGUAGCUCUGAGCUGCUGCCUCAUCCCCCAACCUCCCAAUUCCCAACCCCCUGGAGACCAAGUGUCAGGUGGCCAAGGAUGGACAGAUAUCCUUGCUUUAAUGAUACCUGUUUCUUUGAAAGCUGGUGCCAUUCAAUUUUAUGAAAAUAAGGGUGUGGGUUUCCCAGUGAAAUUUGUUUUUGACAACGUUGAGAAUCCAUUUGGCCAAUACUCUGAUGUCAAAGUACUAGAGCAGUGGGUGUGGGAGAAGCAGUGUCCAUCUGUCCUUCCUGAGCAUGAGGAGAGCCAUGCCAUCCAGAGUCAGCACUUGGUCAGGGCUGUGAGUGCCUGGUAGAAAGAUCACAACUGAAGCUACUUGCCUGUGGCAUCCACACUUGGUCAGAAAAGAGAACAACAUGCCUGCUUUGUAUUAAAACUGGAUCCUCGCCUAACAUUUCCACAGUGUGUUGGAAGGCUUCUGGUUCCGCAGUUUGAUGGGAACCCUGGAGUGCAAGACUUUUCCAAGUCCUGUGGUGCAGGCUUGGCCCCAGCGCUAGACUCCGCUUUCUCCUUAGAGCUAUUGUAUGUUGGCUCCUUCAGUGCUCAGGCCUCUGACUGUCAGUCCCACUGUUGCAGGAUAUCAUUAAACAGGGUUUUGGAAGGCCCUGAAACAGUGGCUUCCAUGCUUUGGCCGUUGGACAUCCCACUCUGCAGGUCCUUUAUUUUUAAGGCUGAUCUUUUUGAUGUUGUAUCGUGGAGCUGUAGAGCCUACCCUUUCUCCUAACUGUUGGUCCCAGAACCAAAGAUUCUUUGGAUGGGCAAGAUAUUCUUUUCAAAACUGCAUCUCAAGUUUCUUCCAGGAGCUCCCGGAGGUCCUUCCUUUUCAGGGGAGGAAUGCCCGACUCAGAACCUGCCUCUGUAGCCCUUGGUGUCAGCACUGGGUCCCUCGGAUGUUCCAUCUGCCUUCGUCCUUUCCACGAGGUUAUUUUGAAAGUUGCAGCCUCAGGGCUGGAGAGAUGGCUCAGCAGUUAAGAGCCCUGACUGCUCUCCCAGAGGUCCUGCGUUCAAUUCAAUCACAUGGUGGCUCACAACCAUCUCUAAUGGGAUCUGAUGCCCUCUUCUGGUGUGUCUGAAGACAGCGACAAGUGUACUCACAUACACAAAAUAAGCAAAUAGAAUCUUUUUUAAAAAAGUUGCAGCCUCAGGGUUCUGGAGGAUGAACUGUUGUUUGCAGUCCCAUAGGUACUAUUGAGAGGAUACUCGCCCACUCUACCUUACAAGUUGCAUUUGAGUCACUGGUGGACAUUUUAGGAGCUGUUUCCUAGGAAAGAAUCCCUCUCAACAAAGGCUCCUUCUGUCCCCUCAGAUCCAUCAUUUUGAUUUAUUCUAAAGAAUCGGUCACAUUUAGUCCUUAGACACAAGGCUAUUGAUACGUUGUCGCCUUUUCUCUGGCUCACAAUUUGGCAAGGUCUAGCUUUUCUCACUCCUUUCAGCCAGUCGCGGGCCCCUGUCUUCCGGCCCGGAAACUGAGGGAGCACCUCCAGUAACC